GCUGUUUAGCUAGACAAAACAACUUUCAACAUUGCGAAGCACGGGGCGGCUGCCCAAUCUACAGACAGUGUCGCUUCAAACACGGAAUGCCGGUUUGACCUUGUGGCACGCGCGGGCUAGAUAAGAUGUUGCGCCAGCUUUGCAGCCGCAGCCUGCAGAGCCUGGCAUCUCUGCAGGGCCGCUGCACCUCGGGCUUGGCGACGACGCUUCGUGCUGCGAGCAGCCUGAGCGAGCUGUCACGGCCAGCCCCUUCAGUGGCGACCUCGCAAUCACCAGCAUGGUCAUAUAGAAAUAGCAACUUGCUAGCGGCGCCACCUCUGGGCUUGGGACUGGCGCCCCAGGUCCGCGUAACCCCGGACGCCUCCACCAUCCUCAGCCUCUUUGUAAGCCAGCGGCGCAACGCAGCCGCAGCGGCUGCCGCGGCCGCCGUAAAGAAGGCCGCACCGGCAAAGAAGAAGAAGAAGAGCGCGCCGAAAACGGCGGCAAGCAGCAAGCCUAAGCCCAAGCCCAAAUCGACAGCAGCAGCCGCAACCAAGGGCCGCGUGCGGACCAGACCCGCCAAAGCCCCGGCGCGCAAGUCGACCACCACCGCCGCGGCCAAACGCAAGAAGCCCGUCCGCAAUUCCAUCUCCGCCGCCGGCCGCAAGGCCGCGAAGGCCGCGGAGGUCAAGGCCCGGCUGCGAGUGCGCGCGACAGCGCAGCGCGCACGCGCGCGUGCCGCCAAGGCCCUGGCCAUGAAGCGGGAGCGCGCCAAGCUCGCGCGGAUCAGGCGGCGCGAGCGCGAAGCGCUCAGGAAGCAGAAGCAGCGGGAAAAGCUGGCCGCGGCAAAGGCCAGGGCCAAGGAGAAGGAGGCGGCACGCAUCAAGAAGGCGCCAUCGGCCUUCGGCCUGUACCUGCAAGACCACUCCAAGGCGGUGCGCGACGCCCUGCCCGCCGGCGCCGCCAGCGGCAUGCAGCGCCAGGCGCUCGCGUUCAAGGUGCUGGCGGAGCGCUUCAAGGUGCUGCCGGAGGCGGAGAAGGCGCCGUACGAGGCGCGCUCGGCGGCGCUGAAGGCGAAGGUGGCGGAGGCGCGCGCCCAGGCCAAGGCGGAGAACAGCGCCAAGGCGGCCCUCACGCCCUACAUCUUGUUCUUCAAGGAGUCCUACAGCGCCACGCGCGCCGCGCACCCGGACCUCAACGCGAAGCAGGUGGCUGCCAAGAUGGGGCAGUUGUGGAAGGCGAUGCCGGCGGAGCAGCAGCAGCGCUACCGCGACCUUUCAGAGGCGGACCGGAAGGCGAAGGGCCUGCCUGAGCUGAAGAAGAAGGCGGCAGCGCAGACUCAGGCCAAGCGGGCGUGAGUGAGUUGAUAAGGGGUUGCUUGGAGCGUACAGGAGGAGGCGGGGGCAGGGGCUUGGACGGGACGGACGGCAUGGAUUGAGUGUAGGGAGGCGCUAAGCGGCGGUACGGAUGCAGCUCCGGCAGUUGGUGGGCGUGGAUGCCAAACCCAAGACAUGAGUACGACCCCUGCUAGUGUGUCCGUUGAGGUCGGUUGCGUGUGGGCGUGCUAAGGCAGAGCAGGGUUGCAGCCGGCUGUUUGGCGCUGUCUCUGCAAGUCAUGCGAACAGUUGCGGUGGGCGAUGGCGUUGCACGAAGAUGGAGAGACAGGCUGCUGAUCCCGCGGGGCGACUGAUCGAGCCCAGUGCUGUAUGGGGCAGCGGCAGCACACUGCCGUGUACGAAGGGCAAAAGCCGCCGGCAGGCGGUGAGGGCUAUCCAGCUUAACAACACAGAUAACUGUCUGAGUUCCAGCAGCACUCGCUGGAAAGCUGCAUUGUGAGGAGGAAUGGUCGGGCACAAGUCGCCAGCAAUUAUUAUGGGCUGCGCCGGCUUGGGCGGACUGGGGGAUGGGGAGAGGUGUCGGCAACGGCGCCCACCGUUUUUGAAUGUAAAGGAUGACAUGAUG